UUGACUGAGACUGGGCUUGUGGUCUUUUGGUUUUCGUGUGUGAACAAUUGGCAACGCCAGUGAAAUCCGACAUUUAUAUUUAUUUUGAGUUCACUACCGGGCAGCCAUGUCCACCCACGAUUCGGCGAACAUGAAGCUUCCACCGAUCCAGUCCACGGCCGGAGCCGUGCCUGUCCGGAAUGAGAAAGGUGAGAUCUCUAUGGAGAAGGUGAAGGUGAAGAGAUACGUGUCAGGUAAACGUCCAGACUAUGCACCGAUGGAGUCAUCGGAUGAGGAGGAAGAGGACUUCCAGUUUGUUAAGAAGGGAAAAGAAAUGGAGCCUGAGAUGGAACUGGAGGAGGAGGAUGUCGUCUCCGACCCACGUUUAAAGCGUUUGCUCAACCGUGUCUCUGAGGAUGUGGAGGAGAGGUUGGCGAGACAUCGACAGAUCGUAGAGCCUGAAGUUGUGGAAGAGAGCAGCGAAGACUCGGAUGAAGGGACGUGGCAUCCUCAACGUGAGGAGAGCAGUGAGGAUGAAGAGGAAGAAGAAGAGGAAGAAGUUGAUGAUGAGGAAAUUGAGAGGCGACGAGCAAUGAUGCGGCAGCGGGCUCUGGAACGCAAGACCGACGAGAUGGAAGUCAUGGAGGUGGAGGAGGAAGGGAAGUCUGGGGAGGAAUCGGAGUCUGAGUCUGAAUAUGAGGAGUAUACAGAUAGUGAAGAUGAAGCAGAGCCACGACUCAAACCAGUUUUCAUCCGCAAAAAGGACAGAGUGACCGUAGCCGAGCGAGAAGCAGAGCAGCAGAAGCAGAGGGAGCUGGAGGCCGAGGCCAAGAGACAGCAGGAGGAGCGGCGGCGUUACACCCUCAAGAUAGUCGAAGAGGAGGCUAAGAAGGAGUUCGAGGAGAACCGCCGCACGCUCGCCGCUUUGGAUGCCCUCGACACCGACGGCGAGAAUGAGGAGGAGGAGUACGAGGCCUGGAAAGUCCGUGAACUGAAACGUAUCAAGAAGGACAGGGAAGCUCGAGAAAUGAUGGAGAAGGAAAAGGCUGAAAUAGAUAGAUUCCAUAACAUGAAAGAUGAGGAACGCAGGGCUGAGCUCCGCAACAACGGCAAAAUGAUCACCAACAAAGCAUCCAAAGGCAAAUAUAAGUUCCUUCAGAAGUACUACCACAGAGGAGCCUUCUUUAUGGACGGGGAGGAAGACGUGUACAAGAGAGAUUUCAGUGCACCGACUCUGGAGGAUCACUUCAACAAGACCAUUUUGCCCAAAGUCAUGCAGGUCAAAAACUUUGGGCGGUCUGGACGAACCAAGUACACCCACCUGGUGGACCAAGACACCACGUCCUUUGACUCGGCGUGGGCUCAGGAGACCGCUCAGAACAGCAAAUUCUUCAAGCAGAAGGCAGCAGGCGUAAGAGACGUGUUUGAACGGCCCAUGGUGAAGAGGAAGAAGACAUGAGAUGUGCGUGCAGUCGUGCACCGCUCCCUCCGAUGGACUGUAUUUUAUUUACAAAAUGUGACCUACACUCAUCCUGGGAAUGAAUAUCAUAUCAUCUUUGGGCGCUUAAUGAUUUAUUUGAACCAUUCUUUUUGUGGGGUGGAAUGAUCAUACAACAUCAAGAUUUUCAAUGAUUUUGAAAGAGAAGAUUUAGGUCUCUGACCCUGUGAAAAUUAGAACAAGUCCUAAAAAUGAAUGCAAAUUAGUUUUUUUUCUCCCCUUUCAUUCAACUUGUUGAAAAUGUGUGUUAUAUAAUCAUUCCAUUCUGGAAAAAGGACACUCGAGCCCACGAUGAGUGUAUGUCACCGUCUGACCGCAACUGUAAAUAAACAGACAGAAUCUGUUUGGAUCUUUUCGAUCCAUGUUAAAGACUGGAGUUCAGACAUUGUUCAAGAUGUUUGAAGAAUGAUCGUAAAUGUGAGUUGAAAUAGUUUUCUCCUGUAUUUUGAUUAGUCCAUCGUCUCUGAUGAAACAAGCGCAAAAUUGUCAAUCCUGUUGCCAUUUGAACCAGACAGACAGAUGGACAUUGUACAGAACAUUUUUUUAUAUUUGUACUUAAUACACAGGUGCACCUCAAGAAAUGACAAUAUUGUGAGGAAAAAAAAGUUAAAACUCCUAAUCAGGGUGAUUAAAAAGCAACUCCCUAUUUUAAAAUA